AUGGUUUGUUCCCUGGGAAUUGAAGGAAGUGCCAAUAAAAUAGGAAUUGGUAUAAUAAGAGAUGGACAUGUCUUGGCAAAUGUCAGAAAGACGUAUAUCACACCGCCAGGAGAAGGGUUCUUACCAAAAGAAACCGCAAAACACCACCGUGAUCAGAUCAUAGGGUUGGUAAAGGCAGCUAUUAAAGAUGCACAAAUUCAGCCACAGGAUCUUGAUGUAAUUUGUUAUACGAAAGGUCCAGGCAUGGCUCCACCUUUAAUGGUGGGCGCAAUAGUCGGCCGUACAUUAGCAUUGUUGUGGAAGAAACCCUUACUGGGGGUCAAUCACUGUAUAGGACACAUUGAAAUGGGUCGGCAAAUAACAAACGCCAAAAAUCCCAUAGUGCUGUAUGUAAGUGGUGGCAAUACACAGGUCAUUGCCUAUUCCCACAAACGUUAUCGCAUCUUUGGCGAAACUAUUGAUAUUGCUGUCGGUAACUGUUUGGAUAGAUUUGCUCGGAUAAUCAGGCUAUCCAAUGACCCAAGUCCAGGUUAUAACAUCGAGCAAUUGGCCAAGGAGGGAAAACAAUUUGUCAAGUUGCCAUAUGUAGUAAAGGGAAUGGAUGUAAGCUUUUCAGGUUUACUGUCUCACAUCGAGGAAAUUGCAGACCCAAGCAAGAGACGUAACAAAAGAAAGAAACCCGAUGAUCCCGAAGAACCGGAAUACACUAAGGCUGAUCUUUGUUACUCCUUGCAGGAGACUAUAUUUGCCAUGUUGGUGGAAAUAACCGAGAGAGCUAUGGCACAUUGCGAUUCGAAUGAGGUUCUAAUUGUAGGUGGUGUUGGCUGCAAUGAACGUCUGCAGGAAAUGAUGCGUAUCAUGUGCGAAGAACGCGGUGGGAAGUUAUUUGCCACCGAUGAACGCUAUUGCAUUGACAAUGGUCUGAUGAUAGCUCAUGCUGGGGCAGAAAUGUUCAAGUCCGGUACACGUAUGGAUUUCGAGGAAUCUUUUGUAACACAAAGGUAUCGUACCGAUGAAGUGUUAGUAACGUGGCGUGAUGAUUAGUUUG